ACAUCGCCAAGGCAGUUCAUUCAAGUCAAUGCUCCAGUCCUGGCUGGCCACUAUUUGCUCUGCGGCAGCACUUGCUUCCGCAGUAGCCGCAGGCGAUGCCUACGAUGCUCAAGCUCAAGCUAUCGUGGACGGCUUCUCGGCGGAGCAAUUGCUGGGUCAGAUGACACAGCUUACGCUCAGCACCGUCAUGAACGAUACUACCCGUGAGCUCAACGAGACCGCGGUGCGUUCGUUUGCUCAGCAGCACGUCGGCUCAUACCUCAACACGUACUGGGACAAGCCUGUCAACGGCAGCUACGGCUACAACGCCUCCGAGUUCCGCUCUAUCAUCCAGCGUAUCCAGGAAAUCUCCAUGGAGGAGAACGGAGGCCACCCCAUCAUCUACGGUAUUGACUCCGUUCACGGCGCCAACUACGUCGACGGUUCUGUGCUGAUGCCUCAGCAGAUCAACAGCGGAGCUAGUUUCAACCCCGACCUGGUCUACGAGGUGGCUCGUAUCACUGCUCGCGACACUGAGGCCGCUGGAAUCAGUUGGGUGUUUGGUCCCAUCUUGGAUAUCUCCCAAAACACGCUUUGGUCUCGUACGUUUGAGACGUUCGGUGAAGACCCGUAUUUGGCAUCUGUCAUGGGCGCUGCUCUCGUCCGCGGACUGCAGAGCUACAACCAGACAGCUGCAUGCAUCAAGCACUUCAUCGGAUAUUCCAAGACGCCCACGGGUCAUGACAGAGACAACGUGAACAUGCCGGACUUCGACCUGCUAAACUACUUCCUGCCACCGUUCAAAGCUGCCUUCGAGGCGGGUGCGCUGACUACAAUGGAGAACUACAUCUCCCUUAACGGCGAUCCCGUCAUCGCCAGCUCGAGGAUCCUGAAUGACCUCCUUCGAUCCGAUCUCGGUUUUAACGGUUUGCUACUCUCGGACUGGAAUGAAAUCUACAACCUCCACGACUUCCACCGCGUGUCGGCCACCCGUGAAGAAGCUGUCGGUACGUCACUUAAACAGACAUCCAUCGACAUGAGUAUGGUGGCUACGGACACGGACUUCAUCGAGUACGGUCUGAAUAUGCUCAAGGAGAACCCCAACCAGGAGGCUCGCCUGCGUGAGUCAGCCAAGCGCAUCAUCAAGCUGAAGCUCCAGCUCGGAUUGUACGACAACCCGGUGCCUGGUAAAGACUACCGCGUCCGUAUUCCUCACGGGUCACUCGGCUGA